ACUCUCGAGCUUGUUUGUUUGCGCGAAAAGUUAUCUCGGAGAAUUCUUUAUUUCUUUUACCCUUGAAUAAUUCUGUGUAAUAUUUUCUUAACAACUUUUAACAAUGUCUCUUUUUGGAUCGUUGAUGGGCGACGUGGAGGAUGAUCCGUUUUUCGGUUCUCACAUGCGCCACAUGCGCCAGAUGAACAACAUGAUGAACUCUCUGUUCUCGGACCCCUUCGGCAUGCUGGGCGGGGGUCCGCUGGCCAUCGCGGGCCCGCGUCACGGGAGCUCCCUCAUGCCGUUUAUGCCUCAGAUGCCAUCUUUGAACAGGCUUUUUUCAGCGGACAUGGACGGCCACAUGAGUGCUGGUUCUUCUUUCACGAGCAGCACAGUUGUCAUGUCCAGUGGACCAAACGGCAAGCCACAGAUAUACCAAUCCUCCAGCAGCACUAAAAUUGGUCCAAAUGGAGUCAAGGAGACCAGGAAGACCUUGCAAGACUCCUGCACAGGCACCAAGAAGAUGUCUAUUGGCCACCAUAUCGGCGAGCGCGCGCACGUAAUCGAGCGCGAACAAAACGUGUACUCCGGAGACGCCGAGGAGCGCCAGGAGUUCAUCAACAUUGAGGAGGAGGAGGCCGAGGACUUCAACAGGGAGUUCCAAAUUAAGGCCGGUGCUGCGGCGGCCGCCGGCAGGGCGCGCCUUGCCUUGCCCGCGCCUCCAUCGCCGCAACCACACGCAAGUAGCCGCCGCGCGCCGCGUCCCGCGCCUCGCCGCCCCCUCCGCGCUUCUGCCAGCCCCUUGGCCCUGCCCUCCAGCAACCGCGUGCGAGAGGUCUACGGCGGCUCUCAUCCGCAACGCCACCGGCACCGUCAUCACAAGGCGCCUCGACACUCGCCCGCCGACAACUAAACGUCAACAACAACUAUCAACAACAACAUCUAAAGUCUGGUCCGUGAGCACGUAGAAUUUUGUCCAAUGACCCCAAGCUACCCAUCCUUAUCGCUCGCGCGUAAUUAUAUUGCUGUCGCGACUGUGCGAUGGGCGCCCGCAGUGAGUGUGCGAGCGCGACAGCAACAUAAUUACUCGCGAGCGAUAAGGAUGGAUAGCUUGGGGUCAUUGGACAAAAUUCUACGUGCUCACGGACCAGGCUUUAACAACCAGCCACGCCUAGACCGCGCCUUUCGGGGCAAUCUCAGAACGUGGCGGUCACUUGUGUCUACUGAUAUCAAACUAUGCGCCUCGAGGUUUGUUCGUUUUUAUUUACCUUGCGUUGAUUUAGAAGCAAGUAACUUUGGUUUUAUAACCAAUAUUUUAUGUACAACAAAUAACGUUAUUACGAUCUGACCCCAUUUGGUUACAAGACAUUAUAAAAUGACUUUGUUUGACUUGAGACGACUAAACACGCUGUAGAUCCUGAUUAAACAGGAGUUGCAGAAGAAGGAAUGGUAGAAAGAGUCCCGUAACUUUUAGGUCACGUUUUUUGCCCCCUGCCUUAUCCAUGGGGCAACAGACUAUAAACCUCGGGGCAAUUAGCAUCAAUUUUGAGCGAUAGCGACCAUGAACGGUCUCAUCUUGAUUUUAAUGUAUUGUCCAUUCACGGGCAAUAAACAAUGGCUAAAUAAAUUUCCAAGCCUGUUCAGUCCCAUCAAUCCCAAUUUCCCUAAAUUCUAUGUCCCUAUGGAUGGUAACUUUUUUUGAAGAAUGAAAUUGCUGAUAUACCUACCUAUUUAUUAUUUUUUAUGCAAAAAAGGCUCCCCAGAAUCGAUGGUAUGGUAUGUCCCCAUAGUAAGGGGUCAUGCAGGGCACUUUAUUUGUUCCAUUUAUUGACAAAGUUUCAUAGCUUGUCAAUUUGACAGAUCUGGGGCAAUUUUUUUUAUGAUGGGGCAAAUUGUUUUCAGUUUUUUUUUGCGAUUUGGUUUUUACUUGAGGCGCAACUAUUUACAUCAUUACAAUAAUGAAGUAAUUUUGUCUGUGUAUCAUUAUAAUAAUGUUAUGUAUUUAAUUUAUGUAUUGGUGUGAAAUAGAAUAGUGUUUUGAAAUCUCUAGUUUUAUAUUAUAACCGUAAUUUAAUUGUAUUUUAAGGGCGUAUGACGUAAGUAAAUCAGUAUUUUUAUUUUAUUUGUACCUCAAAUUAAUUGUAGCAUCACUACAAUCAUUUAUUUAUUUUUGCAAAAAAUGAAGUUGGUGUUUAGUACAUAUUUGCGGAUUUUGGCUCAAAUUAUUUAAAAAAAGUAUCGUUAAUACUUUUUAGUUUUUUUGUUCGUUUCCUGGCGGUAAACAUAGUUAAUUAAUAGAAAAUGUUUGUCUUUCAUUGGUAGCAUAUAAGAACUAGUGAAUAUUCUCCUUGUUAAAGUAACGGCGUAAUUUUAAAAUAUUAAAUAAGCAAGUAAUAUAAGAUUUAUUUCGAUGCGUCGCUAUCGCUCCAAAUUGGAAUCGUUCGGAUAUGUGAUACAUAAUUAUAUGUAGUCUUCACAGACAUCUUAUACAAAUGUUUAGAUUCAGUAUAGACGCUAAAAUUUAACGUUAAGUUGUAUUUUAGUAAUUCUUCCCUCGUAAUUAGAACGUUUUAGUUUUUAGUUUCCCCACCUCAUCUCAGUGUCUCUGUCACAUCAAAUAGUUUUGAUAAUAUGCAUUGUAAAGAAACAAAAAAGAAUAUACGGUCGGCAGUACAUCAAACUGUACAGAAUAGGGUUACCUGGGUAAAAAAGCAAGUUUGAAUUAGUCUGUGGAUUAACUUAUAAAAAAAUACUCGACACGUUUUUUUCACUUUUUCAAACUAAUGAAAAUUGAAAGAGAGAGCGCGCCAAAGUUCAAAAGAAAUGGCCCGUGACGUCAGGACGUGCUUAAAAGAGUAGCUUUAUGACGUCACGUGGAACUUCAAUGCACCAUAACUUCGUAAUUACUUGUUUUAUUGUCAAAUAAAAAUAUACGUGUCCAAUAUUUUUGAUAGUGUAAUUGACGGACUAAAAGUUAUUUUUUAUGAAACUAGCCUAUUGUUGCAGAAUAGCAUGUAUUACAAGCAACUUAAAGUGCAGUAACACUUGACGUGCCGCCGCCUGUACAUCGACAGUGUCUAUUUUUACAACUUUACGAAUAAGAUUAAUGUAAGAAAUGUUGGAAAAUUACAAAAUUUUAAGCAUCUGAUUGACUCAGACUUGGAAUUAUGAUUCCAUAAUUUUGUAGGUUAAUAUUGUAGUUUUUAUUUAUGUGUUAACUUAGAAAAUAUUAUAUGGCGAAAAACUAAAAAUAAUUUGCAAAUGGUUGCAAAAUGACUGACGUUAUACAGGUGCCUAUUUUGUUAGCUAACUUUCUUCUAAAACGUAAAUACAACUAACCUAUAUUAUGGAAAUUCUUCCUACUACAUGCAUGUA